AUGCUGAGUGUGCGCAUAAGGGCUACGCUAUGCUAUGCAGUGGAUGUGGUGAAUGCUAGUGGUGAAACUUGCGUGGAUCAUAUACCAAGGUGCACUGCACCGCUCCAGCAGAUAUGUAGGGCCGGACUUGGUCGCAAGGUGACAUUGACAUCACACAAGCUAUGCGUAAUUUGUCACGCUGACUAUACAUGUCGGGACCAGAGUGAGAUUCAACUACCGCACCUCGCACAGCUCCUGUCGCCGCUGACUCUAUUGGGGUUGCCGAACCACCCGCACUGCAUCGUGGACCACACGGACUUAGAUGGGCAUUCGGAACCUAGCAAGAGCAUAGCGCUGCAUCGUUCAUCAACCACGCCCGCAGGCUGUACCGAGUGCUCCUCACACAACGACUACUACUACUUCACAAUGUUCCGCAAGCCUGAACGCAAGGUUACUGUGAACAUGCACGGCCCGUUCAUCUUCGUGAAUCCGGGUGAUCUCCAGCAAUUCUACGCCCAAAUGGGUCGGAUGGUGGAUGACGAGAAAGACUCUGAUGAUGAGGAGGCUGACAUUCAGAACGUGAAGAAUGAGGCCCCGCUUCCAAAGCAGAACGACAAAAAGGACAAGGCCACAGGUCAUUGUAGAAUACAGCAGGUAACGACAGACACUAACCACAUAUGGCUUGCUAAGGCUUUUGCGAAGCCCAAGUUCAUGAGUAUCGCCUCGCAAGCUGCAAAGACUGUCCCUCAGCGUGCUACGGCGCCGAAGGAGCCACACACGUUUCCGAUGCCCCCUCAUGUACAGCAGGCCGCGCCCGUGCAGACCGCCUUCUACCCCAUUUGGAAGCCUCCUGUCAGCCCGCCACCCAAAGCAGACAACGGGGCUAAGAGUAUGCACGGGGAUUUCCAAGGAUGGCAGUAUUGGCCACGACCGUUGUUGGCAGAUGGGAACUUCAAGGAGAUGAAGUACGAAGAGCGACACUACUGGGAUGGCGGCGAGAGGGUACAGUCGGCACGCGUGGAAGUCCGGAGGCCAGCGACUAUGGCGGCAGGAACGGAGGACGGGCGCCGUUCAGCUUGGCAGCAGCCACCCUGGAAGUAG